UUUGUCAACAUUUCAACUAUAAAAUUCUGUAAACUAAAGCAUGUGUUUUGCCUUUGUAACUAUAACCUAAUUUCAACGAAAAGUAAACGAGUGUAAUUUGUUUACAGUUGCUAGAAGUGAAUUUACAAUGACGAAAAAGAAAGUUUCAGAUGCCCUCAAUCGGAAACGUGUACCAAAGAAAAAAGUCCUGAAUCCAUUUGAGAUACAUGUUAACAAACAGAAGUUUAAUGUUAUCGGUAGGAAAGUUAAAAAUGAAAAAGGGGUGCCGGGUGUAUCUCGUGCAAGGGCAAUUAAAAAGCGCAAGGCGACUCUACUUCAGGAGUACCGCGUGAAAGGAAAAUCGAACAAGUUCCUGGACAUGAGGAUCGGGGAAAGAAACAGCGCCAUGACAGCGGAAGAUAAGAUCGUCGCAAGGUUCACCGCGGAGAGGAUGAGGUCUCAUAAAAAGAACUCCAUUUUCAACCUGGCAGAUGAAGAAGUUUUAACCCAUCAUGGGCAAACGCUGAAUGAAAUUGAAAAUUUUGAUGAUCCGAGAAGCGAUGAAGAAGAUAUGGAGGACAGCGGGAAACUGGAUGCCGGGUUCGUGGGGGACGCCCACUUCGGCGGCGGGGUGCUGACCAAGACGUCGGGCGACGGCGCGGCCAGCCGCAAGGGCCUGAUCGACCAGCUGAUCGCCGAGUCGAAGCGGCGCAAGGCGGAGCAGCAGCGGGCGCGCGAGCAGACGCUCGGCCUGACGGAGAAGCUGGACGGCGAGUGGAAGGACCUCCUGCCGCUGGUGUCGGCGUCCCGCAAGCGGCCCGGGGACGCCCCGCCGGCCCCCGACAGCCUCAAGCCGGACGCGUACGACAUCGUCGUGCGGGAGCUCAAGCUGGAGGCCCGGGGGAAGCCGUCGGACAAGCUCAAGACGGAGGACGAGCUGGCGAGGGAGGAGCGCGAGAGGCUGGAGCGGCUGGAGGCGGAGCGACGGCGGAGGAUGCAGGGCGUCUCGGAGGAGCCCCCGACCGCGGCCGCCCCCGGCGGGAAGCACCGCAGCGCAGACGACCUGGACGACGGGUUCGAGCUGCAGCCAGAAGUGGAGCCGACGCUCGUCUACGACGACGAGGGCAAACUGGUCGGCCCGGCGAGACACUUAGCGAUGGAUGACGGCCCGCAGCGUUCCGCGGAGGUCGAAGUCGCCGCUGGCACAGAAGAAACUGCGGAGAGCCAACAGGAGGACGAGGAUGGUGACGAGAGCGGAACCGAGGACGAAGCAGCGGAUGAGACGGAGAGUGAAGAGGACUCUGACAACAUGUCCGACCUGAAAGGUUAUGAUUCCGACAGCGAAGAGGAAGAAGAAGAAGAAGAAGAAGAUGCUGGCGACAAGGACGGAGGUCCCAAGGACGCCGGAGCUCCGCCGACGACCGCCGUGUCUCGAGAGGAAGAGCCCGCCGGUGCGAAGGGGAUUCUGCCCGCGGAGGAGCGGCCUCGGCCGACCGCCGCCUCCCGGGAGACGAAGGACGCCGACAGCCUCAAGGCGGACCUGCUUGCGAGGAAGCAGUUGAUGGACCAAGCCCGCCAGGAGCUCCCGUACACUUUCGAAGUUCCGGACAGCUACGAGGGCCUCCAAGGGCUGCUGGCGGGGCGGGGCCCGGAGCAUCAGGCGGUCAUCGUGGAGCGCAUGGUGAAGUGCUCGCACCCCAGCCUCGCCGAGGGCAACAAGGAGAAACUAGGGACGCUCUUCGCGUACCUGCUCCAGCACCUGGACGACGUCGCCACUUCCCAGGACGGGGGGCCCUGCUGCUUCGCGGUGCUGGACCGUCUCGCCCCCCACCUCUACGACGUGGCGCAGUGCGACCCGCGCGGCGCGCUGCAGUGCGUGCUGGAGGUGCUGAAGGAGAAGCAGCACGACUUCAGGAGGCGGCCGCGGGCGUUCCCGGGCGUCGACACGCUGGUGUUCCUGAAAGUGGUGUCCCUGCUGUUCCCCACGUCGGACUUCCGGCACCAGGCGGUGACGCCGGCGCUGGUCUUCAUGGAGCAGAUGCUGCGUGCGUGCCGCGUCCGUGCGGAGCGGGACGUGGCGGCCGGCCUCUUCGUCUGCACGCUCAUGCUCGAGUUCACAGACCUGUCCCGGAGGUUCUCCCCGAUGUCCGUCGUCUUCCUCCGCCGCCUCCUGGAGAUGGCCAUCCCAGACGAGGGUGACGACGCCACGACGAAGAAGAAGAAGAAGAAGCACACGAGCCCCGGCCUGCUCGUCCUGUCCCGAGACAUGAGCUCGGAGGAGUCCCUGGGUGAGGAGCGGAUGCGGACGGCGGACCUGCGUGGCGUCGCGCCGGGAGACGACCGCUUCAAGGUGCGCGCGCUGCACACGGCCGCGAGGCUGCUCCUCGCGCUCUGCCCCCAGCUGGAGGGGCUUCCCGCGGCGGGCGAGGCCCUGGGGCCGUGCGCGGCGCCCCUGGCGAGGCUGCCCCUGGGGCGGUACCCGCCCGCCGCGGCCGCGACCGCCCGGGAGCUGGCCGGCGCGCUGGCGGGGCUGGCGGCCGCCCGGCGCCGCCUGCUCACCCUCGAGAGGACCAGGCCCCGGGCGCUGCGCCUGUACGAGCCCAGCGUCCGGCCAGUGUUCGACGUGAAGCGGCACCGCCCAAUGGGGGCGGCGCGGCAGGAGCGGGAGAAGCUGGUGCACAAGUUCAAGCGCGAGAUGAAGGGCGCGGUGCGCGAGAUACGCCGCGACAGGACCUUCCUCGCCAAGCUGAAGCUCAAGGAGACGGCCAGGAGCGAUGAAGAACGCCUGCGGAAAGUCAGGGAGAUUUUUGGCUCUGCUGCGGCCCAGCAGUCGGAACUGAAGAAACUGAAGAGAAAGAAAUGAACACGGUGACCCCCAGAAAUGCUUUAGUGUUUGUAUUGGUGUGUUGUUUUGUAAAUAGUUGUUUUUACUCAAAAUAA